AUGAGUGAAAACUUCCCAGGGCCUGGUCACCCAAUUGGCUACAGAGGCAGAGGGGGAGGAAGGAGAGACUCUGACUCCCUCUGACUGCAAGCAGCCCCUGGCCAUUGAGGAAACCAGCGACCUGGAGGUGGGGUUAAGUGACAGUCCCGGGGAGGAGUCUGGUCAGUCAGUGGCAGAGGAAACAGACUCUUGGGGAGAAGUUGGAGGAUGCCCCUGAGGGUGGGGGUGCACUACUUACAGGAGCACCUGAGCUCCCUGCUGAUUGCUUAGCGGGGAGGAGGAGUUCACGCAGGAGGUUCUGGCGGACCCCAGCUUGGAGGAACUCCAGCAGAGGGCUCAGGAGUCGGAGACGGAGUUCACCCCAGAAAAGAGGGAACAGGUGGUCUGGGACAAGGGACUCCUUUAUCGGUCGUGGAUACCGAAGAACCUGGCCGAGACCUGGGAGCCCUCUCGCCAGUUCGUAGUACCUCAAAAGUUCAGGCAGCAAUUGUUUUCCUCAGUUCCUGAUUAAGCUUGUGCCGGUCACAUAGGCAGGGAACGGACGCACCAGCGGCUGCAGGCGAACUUCUCUUGGCCCAGGAUUGCCCAGAACGUGACGGACUACUGCAAAUCCUGUGAGACGUGCCAGCGGACGGGCAAGAGUGGGGGCAAACAAAGAGCUCCCCUACAGCCCCUCCCGAUCAUCGAACAACCUUCCUACAGAGUGGGUAUAGACAUUGUGGGCCUGCGGAGACAUCGGACCUGCAGAGGGAAGAAAUGUAUCCUGACUCUGGUGGACUUUAGGACACGGUACCCGGUGGCAGUUGCCUUAACCUCCACCGAGGCACCAGUAGUUGCGAAUGCCCUGACUAACAUCUUCUUCCAGCUGGGUUUCCCCUCCGAGAUCCUGACUGACCGGGGUGGGAACUUCCUGGCCGAGGUGAUGAAGUGCUUGUGGGAGUGCUGUGGGGUGAAACACCUUAAGACCACAGCCUACCAUCCUCAGACAAAUGGGCUGAUGGAAAGGUUUAAUGGGACCUUGAAUGGGAUGCUAAAGGCCUAGGUGGCCUCUAAUCCCAAUGACUGGGAUGAGAAACUGCCUCAUCUGCUCUUUGCCUACCGGGAGGUGCCCCAGGAGUCCACUGGGUUCUCGCCAUUCGAGUUGAUGUUCGGGAGGCGAGUUCAAGGUCCUCCCGAUUUGGUGAGAGAGGAGUGGAAAGGGAAGAUCCCUUCCACAAAGACCUGCGGUGGAGCACGUGCUUAACUUUUGUCAGAAACUGACUGACAUGAUGAAGGUGGCACGAGACUCCCUGGCCCAGGCGCAGGAGAAGCAGAGUGUCUGGUAUGAGAAAAAGGCUCGCUUGCGUACCUUCGAGCGAGGCAACAAGGUCAUGGUGUUCCUGCCACUAAAAGCGCACAAGCUGCAAGUGGCCUGGGAGGGUCCCCAGCUCAUCCUGGACAGGCUGGAGGAUGUGAGUUAUGUGGGAAGCAAGAGCAGGUCACAAAAGACGCCUAAGGUAGUGCAUGUGAACAUGCUGAAACCCUACAUCGACCGAGGGGAGACGGUGUUCUGGGUUUCCCCAGCUGACAGCUCACCCGAGGACCCGGAGGAGCCGGUUAUGCAUGGUGACUGGGAUGAAGAGGCAAGGAUAGAGGAACUCCACCGGCCGGAUCAUCUGCUGUCCCAGGACAAAGACAAGCUGCUCACUGUACUCAAGGACUACGAGACAGUGUUCUCCAACAAACCAGGGUCAAGAGCUGUCAGGGGCAAGGUUCCUACUGCUGCUGGUGCAUUGCAUGAGAUGGGAGCUGAGCAAGGGGCCAGGCUGCAGCCAAUAAGAAAGACCAGGAAGAGGAGAGCGGUGGGUGCAGAUGACCGGCAGGCCUGGACGGCAUAUCAUUCAAACUGCUGUGCUGAACUGGUCAGGAGGGUGCAGCAAUGGCCAGGCUUGCAGAGAUGUGCCGUGCACUUGCUGGACCACAGAGGCCACCAGCGAGGCUGAGGCAUGGCGAGGCAGGCUGUGGAGAUGCUGCUGGAGAGGGAAACGUAGCAGUCUCAUAACAAUCCUUACCCAGGAGUGCUGACCAUCCUAAAGAGUAAUCAUCAGGCGCCGUUUGGAGAGCGACAGCAGAACCGGUUUCGUGGAGGAUUUCGCUCUGCGAUCUCUCAGCCCGGAGUGAGCAGGUCAGGAUCGGUCCUUGGGCAACGCUGCCGGAGGCGCCGGCAGGGGUCGAGCUGGGAGGGGAGCGAGGGGCUCUUGUGCUUUCAGGCCUGUGGCCCGCGUCCAGAGAAACUGUGAAGCAUCAAGACGGAGCCGACAGGACCCUGCCCUUGGCGUGAGGGGCUGAGUAACGCUCCCUGCAGUCAUGUGUGUAGGGUGCAGGAGCUGGGCAUGCUCUGGAUGCCACCCCCUGCUGAGGCCAUGAUGAGAAAUGUUUCUCCUUGAACUCUGCUUGUUUUAUCUCCAAUCCAGAACAUCAUUUCUCACACCGGUGUCGUACCUCUUCCCAAAGCUACCUGGGACAGGGCUCCCCUCCCCGCCAGGAUGGCUGGAGCGCGGUGCACAGCCAGUGUGGACUGGACCCCAGUUACAAUCCACUUAGAGCCACCAGUCUUGAUGGCGCAGAGCAGGACACUUGGUCUUUCCUGGGCACCAACACGCAUGGAGUAAAGCUGCAGGCACAAGCCAGUAGCGCCUGUGAUGUGGAACAAGGCCAGCGCAGGGUGGCAGGACUUUCUGUUGGGUGGCAGGAAAGGGUCAGGAAGAGAAGAUCAGGGAAGAAGAGGGGUCCUGGCAUGGGCAAACAGAGAGGGGACUAGGCGGGGGGGAGGAGAGGUGUAGUUUUGUUUUGGGGGAAGAGGCUGUGCACAAGGAUGGCUUCCAACAGGAUGGCAUAGUCCCUUUCAGGGGUAGGCGUCCCCCCAUCGGUGGCAGCGACUGCAGCUUGAGGCGGCGAGGGACAUCCAUCGGAGGAAAGGCAGGAGACCUUAGUCCAGAGCCGGAGGGAGGAGUGCGGCGUCACCAGGGCCUGUGAGCACCCGCCCAGCAGCGCUCCAUCCCCCAGGGCAGGAUGGACAGGCUGCGGCAGGUGCUCAGGAGGAGGUCGGCCAAGGUGCUCUCCAUGGGAGAGGAGAGCAGCAGGGAGCCUGGGCAGGAGGAGCGGGGCCCCACCUGCCGUGAGGAGGAGGGGCCCAUCGGGGCAAGGAGGUGGCUGUGCCCCAUCUGCUGCCGAAGUAAACUGGCAGCUCCCAGCGGCAGGGGAAAGGAGGGAAAGAAAUCAGCCACCUCCAAGUCCAGAUGGAGGUGGCCAUGGGUGCGCCUGGGCAGGCGGGAGCCAGCGCCAUCACAGCUCCCGGCACCCGAAGAGCCGUGCAGCUCCCCUCCUGGGUCAUGGGGCAGCCUGGAGCCCGGCCCUGCAACCCCGCAGCAGGAGGCAGCCCCGUGCCAAGCCGGGGACGAGGGCCCAGCUGCCCUGGGGCAGGAGCUGAGCCAGGCCCACAGCAGCCCCUGCCUGAGCUGCAGCUCCUCCUGGGAUGACUGGCACAUGUCCCAGGAGUCCGGGAGCACCAGCACCAGCUCCUCCUCCUCCUCCUCCUCGGACUCUGAAAAGUCCCAAGAGGCCCAAAGCACCAGCACGAGCACAAGCAGCAGCUCCUCCUCGGAGGACAGCGAUAGCUCGGAGGAGUCCAACACCACCAGUUCGACCAGCAGCUCCUCCUCGGAGGACUCCAGUAGCUCCCUGGAGUCUGGGACCAGCCCGGCCCCCGGUGCCACCUGCACAGUGAUUCCCAGCCCAGCCGGCGAGGAGCUGGAGGAAGAGGAGGAGGAAGAGGAGGAGGAGGAGGAAGAUGGAAGGUCCCCGGAAGAAGCUGCCCUCCUCCUUGUGAAGAAACACCUGCAGGACCCCGGGGAGAUGCUGGAUGGGAAGGACAGGCAGCGCUUCCUGCUGGCCAUCAUCAGCCUGACCAUCGCCGCGGACCAGAGCAGAGAGGUGGCUGUGGAGCUGGAGGACCUGAAAGCGGCCGUGCUGGAGAGGAUCGUGGACCUGAUGGAGACCAUCUCAGUGGAGGGCGACCGAAAACACAUCCUGGCGUACAGCAUAGACGCCAUCCGCUGCCUCAGCGACCCGAAGCUCAGCCUGGAGCCAGCGCUGGAGUCGCGCCUCCUGCGGGCCGCCGUGGAGAAGAGCUUCCUGGCCAUAGGGCGUGAAACCCAUCGAAACCAGGUCGUGCAGCGACUGUACGAGGAGUACCUGGAGGGCCUGCUGUGCUGCGUCUUGUCCAGCGCCCCCAGCCUGGGCAAGCUCUACUCCAUCUGGGAGCACUUUACAUCGUGGACUGAGGCGCCGGAUGCCCAGCACCGUGCACUGGGCAUGAAGAUCAUGACCGGCGCCAUUGCCUUUGCUCUGCAGCUCCUCCCACAAUUUGAGGGCUCCCCUGACAUACUGGAGGUGGGGGACAUGGCAGCCCGCCUGGGUCUGUCCAUCAACGACCCGGAGGAGACCAUCAGCUGCCAGGCCAGGGCGUGCAUGUAUUUGCUCGCUCAAAUCCUCCUUCAUCAGAGGGGCCAAGACAUGCGAGGGGCAGAGGAGCUGCGGUGCAAGCGCCAGAACGAUCAGAGCCAGGUCCAGAAGUACAGGGACCUGGCGAGAGUGGGAGAGGGGCUGAGAAAGAUCUUGCUGGAGGAGCAAAGGAGAGCUUUCCUGCAGAGGGCCCUUCAUGCAGUUCGCAAUGGACCGAUGCACAUCAGCCAAGCUGGGCUGGUUUUCCUGUAUGCAAUCUUGGGGGAAGCCGGCCGCUUGAUGGGGCACAAGGAGAAAGAAAUCCCCAUCAGGGUCCUGAAUAAGGUCUUCAUUAUCACCUACCUGAAGGAGCUGCCUAAAGAUCUGCAAGGGCACAGCCUGCUGGUCACCUCCUCCAGCGCCAUCGCCUCUCUCCAGCCGCCCACACUUGCUCCUGCAGCAACACCUGCAGACCACCUCAACCCUGACAGCACCUCCAUGAGAGAAGAUGACCUCCCCAACCUCACCGGGAGCCCGAUGGCUACAGAGAAAAGCUGCAACAGCGCUGAAGCCACCACACACGUCACCGACUGACAAGUCAUCAUCCAGUCUGAGCCGUCCGCCACAGCCAAGUCAGCCUCUGCAAGAGGAGCAGCCUGAGAAACCCUCGUGGUGAAGAACUUGAAUAUCUUCCAGACCAGCUCUGCAAAGGGCUGGGGAAAGACCAGGCACCAUGAGUUUGUAGUGCCCAGGUUGCCAAGUGGAGGAUGCUCUUGUUGUGUGGAUGGCAUUUUGUGACCCCUGCCUCAGGGCUUUGGCCGGUCGCCAUUUGGGGCCAGGAAGGAAUUUUUUCCCCCUUCAUUUAUGGAACCAACUUCGGGGGGUUUUUCGCCUUCCUCUGAGGCAUCGGGACAUAAUCAGACCAUCCCGGCGUCUGUUGUGUUAGUAGCCUGUCCUUGAAUCCAUCGAGAGCAAUUCAGGGAGUGAAGAGAGCAAAGGCAUAAACCACGUGCACUGUUGAACAUAGAUUUAGUGUAAUGUGUAAUGUUGAACAUAGAUGUUAUAGAAACUAAGAGGAGAUGUAGGAUAAUAAAGUUAAGCUUUAGUUUUCUUUUCUUAUAA